GUGUGCAGAGAGGGACUGCAGCGCUCCGAAGGCAGCCCAGUCCUGGUCGGCUCGGCGGCGCUGCUCGCUGCCGCGCCCGGGGCACGUCCGUCCGACCAGCCUGUCCCGGGCAGGGCAUCUCCUGGCGCAGCCCCUUGUCAGGCCCACCAGACUUUCUGAAGAGCCCUCGUCUUCCCCAGCGACAUCCGAGCAGGCUGCGCGGAGCUGCCUUUCAGUCAGAGUUCAUCACUCUUGCUGCUCGUUAAAGUCGGCAGGAAAUGCAGCAAGCUGGGCUGGAGACGGCUGCGGUGCUUCCAGACGGGCUGCCUGUGUCUAAUUGAGUCCUGUGGCUUGAAGCUAAUGGCGUGUCCACCCCGUUCAAAGCCUUUUGUUCCCAGUGAGCAAAUAUGCUUUCUAAUUACCUUCGUAACUUGCGCAGGGAGUGAUAAAAGCAGCGCAGGUAGUCACGCAGCACGGCGGAGGGACUGGCGUGUAGCUGGGAGCCAGCACAUCCAGCCAGCCCUGAGGAGCACCCUGUGUUGUUGGCUGCAAUUAGAAGCCAAAUAGAGAUAUUUUCUAUUAAACACAGCUUGGGAGUGGAAAAAAGCCCACAGGCAGGUGGGGACAGUUUGCCAUCGACUGGUGGCUUUGCAGACAUUCUUUCCACACAGGGUCUUCUGAAAUUGAGUACUUCUUAGGCAAAGCCAGUGUGAGAACAGGCAUGGUAUAAUGUGCUGGAAACGAGCAGAGACUAAGCUAAUGCACUUUACCAGUACCUUCGAAACUCUCACCGGACGGGGGCUGUCACUGAUGUCCCCAGGGGUCCCUGUGUAGCUCUGCCUCAUGCCCUGUACAGAGCCCCCUGCCCUAACAUGACUAAUGGUCCACACGUGGUCAGCCUUUCAUCCUCUCCCCAGGGUGAGAGGUGUGUGCAGCAAGCACCUUUCUUUGUAUUUUAGGGUUGGUUGGGUUGCCUUUGCUGUCGUUUUUCUCUUAUUUUAACUAAACUUACAUCCUCACCACACUUGCAUGCUCAGCUGUAUAGGAAGGCCAAGGUCACAGAACUUCUUUCCCUGGGGCAGGCAACAGUGGCCUUCUCAGGUCAGGAAGGGUCCUCCUGUGGUCAUGGAUCUGAGAAGGUGAUGCUCAGGCUUGCUGGGCACUGUGUGCUGCAGAAGUAGAGGUGAAGAAAUGAGAGCCAUCCCUAGGAAGAUUCACUGGGAGAGCCAACUUUUGUAAGCAGCAUUUUUAACACCAGGGUAAGGAACAGGAUUGCAGAGCCUGCAGCAAGCCUGCUGGUGUUACAGGCACUGAAACAAGACAGUGAUAGCGCAGAGCAGUUUAGGGCCAGAAAGCAGAAGCUGUGCUUGUUGUCCAGAGCAGGUUUGGUAAUUAGAAUCAAGGGAUACCAUGGAGAGUCCCCUCGCACAGCUCCAGCGCUACAAAUCACUGCUCUCCACCUAAGCACAAGGCUUAAGCCUGGCUUCAGAGCUCUGCACCCCAGAUGGGUACCCCUGCAGUGGGCAGGACUGGUAGGCUGGUGACUCUCUGCCAGUGCCUCUCUGCAUGUGACUUAGGGGGAAAUUCAGCAGCAUGGCUUUGUAGAUGGAAAACUUUGGAUGUCCUGGGAGAGCUUUUUCCAGCUUGUGUAUGCUGCCAGUGUGCCUGCCUGCGACAGAAAACUGAACCCAGCAUUCCCUGCUGCUCUUCCAGGUCGUACACUGCUCCUCCUCCUGUCUGCAACAGUCUCUCUCCUCGGCGGGCUGGUGUUUGGGUACGAGCUGGGCAUUAUCUCUGGUGCACUGCUGCAGCUGCAGACAGACUUUCACCUCAGCUGCUUCAGGCAAGAGGUUCUCGUCAGCUCCCUCCUUACUGGAGCUCUCCUUGCCUCUCUGGUUGGGGGGAUCCUUAUUGACCGCCACGGACGGAGGAAAGCCAUCCUGGUCAGCAACUUGGUGCUGUUGGUUGGCAGCCUCAUUGUGACACUGACCAGGUCGUUUGUUGGUCUGGUCAUUGGGCGGCUGACUGUGGGCUUUGCUGUCUCUGUCUCGUCCAUGGCCUGCUGCAUCUACGUCUCAGAAAUGGUGGCUGCUCAGCGGCGAGGGCUGCUGGUGUCUCUCUAUGAAGCAGGCAUCACUGUAGGAGUCCUGCUCUCCUAUGCAAUGAAUUACAUCUUUGCAGACAAGGAUGAGGGAUGGAGGUACAUGUUUGGGCUGGCCAUUGCCCCGACAGCCAUGCAGUUCCUCAGCAUCCUCUUCCUCCCAGUGAACCCGACUAAUUUAAGCUCAUGGGACUCAGACUGCCAGAAGGGCCUCAUUCAGUUGCAGGACUCUGAGGAGAGAGCAGCAGCCAAGCAGGACCCUCCUAAGGAGAAGCAUUACUCAUUUCUUGACCUUUUCAGGACCAGGGACAACAUGAGGAGGCGAACUCUGGUGGGCCUGGGGCUGGUGCUCUUGCAGCAGUUCACUGGGCAGCCCAACGUGCUGGGCUACGCCUCCACCAUCUUCCACUCAGUGGGGUUCCAGAGCAACUCCUCAGCAAUCCUGGCCUCUGUUGGGCUGGGGGCAAUAAAGGUGGUGGCCACACUCAUUGCAAUGGCCCUUGCAGACAGGGCUGGCAGGAGGGUGCUGCUGAUGGCUGGCUGCGUGGUGAUGGCCAUCUCUGUCACCACCAUCGGCCUCAGCAGCCGCAUUGCUCCGCUGGCCAUGGCCAGGGACUGCAAGGCAGCCGCGGACCCCAAUGCGUCCCACGGCCUCACCCAGCACCCCCUGGCACCUGUGUCCCCCCAGUUUGUCGUAUCGCCCAUCCCACCAGCGCUAGGUGCUGGCAAAGGUCAGGCAGGGCCAGAGUUUGCUGCCAUGAGGAGCCUCACAACAGCUUUUGCCAGUACUCAAAGCAGAGAGGCGGUUCCUGGUUCUUCCCUCAUUUGGAAAAGGGUCUUGGAAGCGACGGUGGGAAGCACAGACCCUCCUUCCAGUGGUGCUCCCUGGGCAGAACAGAAGGUGUUCAACUGGAUCACGCUGCUGAGCAUGAUGGCCUUUGUGAGCGCCUUCUCGGUCGGAUUUGGACCAAUGACCUGGCUGGUCCUCAGUGAGAUCUACCCUGCUGGGAUAAGAGGAAGAGCCUUUGCCUUCUGCAACAGCUUUAACUGGGCUGCCAAUUUACUGAUCAGUCUCUCCUUCCUGGACCUUGUUGAUGCAGCUUUUCUUGAUGGAUGGAAAAUACAGAAGGAAUGGCUCAUCUGCUGCCUGCAAGCUUUGUGCUGACUGCUGGGAAGCCCAGGCACUAUUCCAGGCCUGGAGUAAACCUUGCCUCGCAGAGAAAACGCGAACCUUGCUUGCUGAGUUCACACGGCUGGGAGUGAUUUAAGCUAAAGGGAAAAGUAGAAGUGAGAAAACUGCUACCUCCUCUUGCCCCUGCCCCACACAGCCCUGCCUGCAGCACAUCCACAGUCGCAUCUCCACCGCUGCCCAAGAGUGUCAAACAGGAAAGCAGUGGCGCAGGGCAGCACAAGACUGUCAGCAGCUUCACCCGGGCUUGUUUCACAGCAGCAGAAGGUGCCAGGGGUCCCCCAGCAGCAAGGAACACCCUCUGCUUUCAGGGGAGCUGCUGGAGCAGAGGCUGGGCUCUCCUGGGGAUGCAGCCAGGGAGCAGAGUGGCUUGGCCUGGGCAUCAACCCUGCUCAUUGCUCCUGGUUUUCCUGCAAGCCUGAGGAAAAGCAGAAGGACCAAGCUGAAACAAGGACUUGUCCUGCCGGCAUUGCUACAUAGCUUUGAGCUACAAGUAUGCAGGAGUCCCACCAGCAUCAGCAGCUCCUCUGCGAGCAUGCUCUGGUCUCCUGACCAUGUAUUUAUGGUUCUGCGAGCUGUAGAGGCUCCCCCACACCCAUGGAUGUCAUGCCUGUGCCCAACACAGCCCCCCUGCCCUUUUCUGCUGAGCCCUCAGACACAGCCUGAUCUUCCUGAGCAGCCCCACACCUAGCUACUUCAUCCACGAGCAGGAGGAGGAAGAGGAGGAAGGGUUUAUAUGCUCUGCCGCACCAAUGCUUAACCAGAGAAAGCCACUGGACAGCGCCGUGAGGAGUGCAGCAGAGUGUCCCCAGGCACUAACCUACCAUAAAGUGCCCCAGAAACGAAGGAGCCCCCAAGUGCUACUGGGGGCUAAGUAGUCCCCAAAUCCUCACAUCUCUCUCAGGUCAAAUUCCACUCUUUAAACCAAUCCCCAUUACAUUUUACACGUCAGGCUGUGGAAGGCCUCAGAGGGGCUGUUAGGGUCUAUUGUAGGGGAAUAAAGCAAGUGUCAAAAAGACUUUUAAUGCCCAGUUAAAAAUGGCCCAAAUACAGCCUGCAGUUACCUGAUAAGCUGCAAGGUCUCUACUGGGAGAAAUAUUUUGCUUUUUAAAUUGUCUCAGCCCUUGCACACUUACAAGAGGCUGGCCUCAGCUCUGAGCUAAAGCUUUCUCAGGUACAUUAAAGCAGUAUUAAAAGCCUGGAUUUUGUUCCAAAAAGA